CCAGAACGGAAGGGGGCGAAACAGACGGUAUGGGGCAAUCCCUCCGUCGUCGUCGUACGCCGUCGCCGACGCUUUCGAUCUGCAUACCACGCGCAACCACGUUGCCGACAUCGUGGCUGCCUGACCGAACAUGCCUGCCGGCUCGGCGUGAGCGGUGCACCCCGAGAAGCUGACCUCUCGUGUCCCGGUCGAGACGUGCAGCUGUAAGAUGAAAUGACAACGCGUACACUAUGGGCAGCGAUGCGUCCCAGCAAUGCUUCACAAGCCGUUGGGCUUCUCCUCACGGCGGCUGUCCUUUCCGGCCUGGCGCCGUAUGCGUGGUGCUGCCUGCCCGGACUGCAAGAUUACGACGUGUGCUUCAACAUCUUCCUGGAGCGCGACUUCCCUCUGGUCGAGGCGUUCCUGCUCAACAGAGCGUUCCUCUCCAGGGGCAGGGUGCUCGUGGAGCCCGGAGACCUGGAGGCUAUGUGCGAAGGUUUUGGCGAACUGCUGGAGUGCUACGCAUUCCACUACCUGAACUGCGCCGACCUGGGCGGGGUUCGCCGGGAAUACUUCGAGCGCCUCAUCAAGGCCAUGGUCUCCUCCUUCCAGCUGCUCUGCGUCAACAACCGAACCACGCUGCAGAACCUCUUCUACGACGGCCACUGCAUCGGCUCCGUGUCUGACGGCGCGGGCGAUUGCCGAACGGCCAACUUCGACCUGGCGACGGCGUGGAAACGGAUCUUUCGUUUCCGCGCCACGCAGCGAGACUGCAGCGAUUUGGUGCGCCACACUCGAUGCCUGGUGCGAGCACUCAGCUCUUCCUCGUGUCGGCCUGAGGCCACCAGUGCCUACAACACGACGGCCAUCGACUUCCUCUUCGUCUUCUGCCAGCAGGACUUCUCCGACAAGAACGCGACCUCUGCCAGCAGGUUGCGCUCUCCCUCGACUCUGAACAUCGCCGCCGUGCUAGUCACUGCUCUGUCCGUACUCAAGGCCUUUGUACAUUGAACUGAGUGGUUCCUGGGU